AUGCAGCCUCAAUUAAGUCUGCUACGGCCGCUCAAAUACAGGAUUUUUCCACUAUCCAACACAGACAGCACACUUUUUCCACAGCUCUCACUCGUCGACGACGCAUUAGCCAUCCGCACCGAGCUGAAUCCCCAGAUUGAACAUGAGGGCGAGACUGUGGUGCUGGUCAUGCACUCCUACGGCGGUCUAGUAGGCAGUGAAGCCGCAACUGAAGAGCUCAGCUACGCCAAACGCAAAGCUCAAGGUCUACCAGGAGGCGUCCUCCAUCUCUUCCUUUAUUCUGCGUUCCUGCUCAAUGAGGGCCAGUCCGUAUUAAGCAGGUUUGGCGAAUCGCCCAACAAUGACGUCAAACCCGACGGCCGCUUCUACAUCCUACAUGGCGACCGAACGCUCUACAGCGACCUCCCACCAUCCGAGGCAUCGCUAUGGGCCUCGCGGCUGAUUCCGCAACCGUAUCGGGUGCAGACCACCAAGCUCACUCGCGCCGCCUGGCGCUACAUUCCCUCCACCUAUCUCAUCUGCGAGAACGAUCAGGCCGCUCCCCCUCAGUACCAGGAGAUGUUCGCCGCGAGCGCGAAAGCGCAGGUGCAAAGGUGCAGCUCGGGACACUCGCCGCACCUGAGCCAGCCUGAGAUGCUCGUUGAGAAGAUCCACGAGGCGUCGCAGAAGGCGGUUGCGGUGCGUGAAGGAUGGAGGUAA